CAAAAAACAUCAAAAAUUUGGCGGCUGAAAUUUGAAUCUCCUGAGAAAAAUUGUUUAAAACCUGGCAAAAUUUCCAAUAAAAAUAGAAUGGCGUCUUUACAAGUAGAAGUUAGAAAACCUGAAUAUUGCUCUUUUGAAAUGAGGAAGGAUUUGAACAACAGUCAUUUUGAGAAGCAACAACAACAAGCUAGUGGUUUGGCUAAUGGACAAACACCAAUGGAGAGGCGAAGGAGGAAUAGUGGAAGAAACAACGUUACUAAUUCUACUAAAAAAUCCACACCUUCAACUUCAUUCACAACAAGAGCACGUAGAUCUAAUUGUCAACAAAUACAACAGAAAAAUACAAAGGAAGAUGGCGACAGUGCUCUUGAUUUGGAUGGAUUGGACAAUAAGGAUUUUAGUGAUAAUGAUGGAUCAAUUGAAGGAACUAGUAAUUCUACUUCACCAAUUUAUACAACCCAACAAUUAAAUAAUAACAACGACUCUUCUUUAAUUACUUCUGUUCUUCAAGAAAUUCAAUUGCCUCAUGAUGGUUCUGAUGAUUCUUCAUUUGCUCCACAAAUUGAUAAUCAAUCUAUUGCUUUACUUCAAAGUUUGCCUCCUCCAACAGAAGAAAUGCGUUAUCGAAGUCCAGCACUUCCUAUAAGGACAAGAUCUACGCCUCUUUACUCACUAGUUUUGGAUUUGGAUGAGACAUUGGUUCAUUGUAGUAUUGAAGAAUUGCCUGAUGCUGCAAUGACUUUUGAAGUUGAAUUUCAAGAUCAAGUUUUUCAGGUUUUUGUCAGAGUCCGUCCUCAUCUUCACGAAUUUCUUGAACGAUUGUCAAACCAUUUUGAGAUUGUUCUUUUUACUGCGAGUAAAAGAGUCUAUGCAGAGAAACUUUUGAAUUUACUUGAUCCUGGAAAACGAUUUAUUCGUCAUCGUCUCUACCGUGAACAUUGUGUAUUUGUUGCUGGCAAUUACAUCAAAGAUUUGAGUAUUCUUGGAAGAGAUCUUUCAAAAACUGUAAUUAUUGACAAUUGCCUUCAAUCAUUUGCCUAUCAAAUUGAUAAUGGAAUUCCAAUUGAGAGUUGGUUCGUUGAGAGGAAUGAUACUGAAUUGUUGAAGCUGAUACCUUUUUUGGAGUCUUUAAGUAGAGAGGGUCAAGAUGUCCGUCCACGUAUCCGUGAACGUUAUCGAAUUCAUGAUAUUUUAAACAACAGCUGUGCUUGGACUAACAACAGCAGCAACAAUUCUCUUCUCGAUUCUACAACAAAUUCUCAAGAUUUUAGUGAAUAUAAUGUUGGAAAUGAAAGUGAACUUUAUUCUCAAAAUAUGGAAAUUGAGCAACAACAACAAAUCUGA